UGUAAGCCUAUCGAAGCCAGCUGUACAAGCGAGGCGGAAAAACUCAAAAGAAACAGUUAAAAUAGAGACGCUUGCUUUUUGCGCACCGAAGAAAAACGCAAAAUCAAAAUAAUUAUAUUUUUAAUUAGACAUAAUUUGGAAAUAGAAACAGAGAAUCGCUGCAAUUAUGCCGCGUACCAAGAUAACAAAGAACUCGAAACGGAACCGCGAGGCCGCCAAUCGCGAGGAAAAAAUCCGCAUAUUCGAAUUAAAAAUGGAUUCCGUGCUGAUGAGCAUUGACGAUCUGGAGCAGCGCUACAAUGGAAUGGUCGAGACGCAGCUGCAGGGAGUCUUGUUGCGCUUGCAAACGGAGCUACGUGAAAUGAAAAUGUGCGACUUCCUGGAAAUUCUGCCCAACUUAGAGCAUUUCGGUGACUUUAAGGCCAGUGAUCAGACGCAGCAUCUGGGCUCGCAGUCCAUGUACAGCAAUACAACAAAUGGCGGCGGCGGUAGCAGCAGUAAUUGCGCUGCUGUAACAACAGUGACCAGCAGUCGCAACGACGAAGGCUACUUUACAGAGGACAGCGGCCUGGGCGGCGCCGUCAGCUGCAGCAGUGCCAGCACUUUGUCCGCGUACACAGGGUCCAUGCUACGCUCGGCCAAGGCAAUGCGCACACCUGGGCCUUUGCAUUCGGCACGUGCUCGUCGCGAGCGUCGCAGUCGUUCAGCCUGUGGCAGCGUCAUACCAAAGGUGCUUGGAAACACAAGCAGCGUUAUAACUAGCAACAGCAGCACCUCGAAUGCCCAACGAAAUUCGCGCAGCAAAAUGCGAACUCCCAUGGCAGCGCGACCGAAGGCCAUCAGCGCAGAUCGUACGCCGCGCAUGCUCAAGAAGCGCAAUACCUCACCCAACACGCCGCCAAUGGCCUUCCUGCGCUGGCCCAAGCCCGGCGAGGUGGCGCUCUCCAAAUACGGCAGUCCCAUUGUUGCCCAGGUCAUGCCCGACAAAUUUGCGAAUGUGAACAUACCCAUACGCAAUGGCAUAUUAUCGCUGCGGCCGAAGAAACUGGCAGAGGUUAAGUCGGAGCUGCUGGAAAAUCUGGAUGAGGAAACUUUAAAUCAAAUCAGAACAUUGCACGAGAGCUUGCAGCUGAUCGUAAAUACGGCCAAGCAGGCUGGCUUGAAAUAACCUCAACGCUGCUAUCUAUUUAACUAUCUAACUACAUUUACAUAUUUGUUCGCUUACCGUACACGACACAUUUUUUAUGUUCAUUUAGUUUUUAAGUUCAGUUCGCAUAUU